GAAGGUUCAAUUUGGUGACAACUGCGAGCUGUUCGGCGGUUUUUCAAAAAAAGAAAACGAUCCGAACUGUUCGGCGGAAGAAGCUUGAGUCUACAGUUUGUGGUUUCCUGAGCCAUAUAUGAAAGCAAGAACAUGGAAACACCUGAAGUGGACUUUCUGAGAGAUCAAGUUCAGCGAUUAAAUGCUGUGCUCAGUCAAUAUCAAGCAGAGCAGCUGCCCAGAUCUUCUGGUGUUCAGGUUCGGCAUUUAGGUGAACAUGAUCCUCCAGCACCCUGGCUCAUAGACAAGUGCCUCAUGGCACCUCUUAUAGCAGAAUAUGACAAGCAGAUACAGAAAAUGAGUGAACAGUUGGAUUGUCACCAUAUUCAUAUGAAUGAAAUGAAGUUAAAGCUUGAGAAUGUUGUACAAGAAAAUGAAAGGCUGCAUGCAGAGUUACAGGAGACCAUUGAAAAACGGUUGGAGUCCCUGCCUUCUGAUGCAGAUAUUGUUGAUGUUGACUUUAUGGAAGGUGAAGUGGUGAGAAACCUAAAGGAACAAUUACGUCUAGCCAAUAGGGAAAAAGACCUAGCCUUGGAGUUAUGGCAGUCAGUUUCCCAAGCUUUAGAUCGAAUGCAACAGAUGUAUCAAGAUCAUGUGUCAGAGACUCAGAAUCAUGCCUUUGACCAACAACAAUGGAAUGAACAGUUGGCCCACUUUCGACAACUUAAUCAGCAGCUUCAAGUGGCCAAUCAAAACUUGAAACUGACUAAUCAGCAAGUUAUGAAUACGGUGACUGAGCAGAAUUCGGAACUGGACCAGCAUCACAAAGAAUUGAGGAAAGCAAAGCUGGAUUUGCGAACGGCAACUUUGAAAGUGGAAGAAAUGAACAAAAUGAUGCAAAGGAUGCAAGAAGACAUGCAGAGAAAUGUGGAGCAAACUGCAGCUGCCCUAGGGAGAGAGGAAGCCUCAGAUAAACGAUUGCAACAAUUACAAUCUGCUAUAAGCCAGUUCGAAGCCAGACUCCGUGUAGCUGCACAAGAUUCAGAACAGUUGCGAAAAGAGAGAAUUUCUCUUGAAAUGCAAAUUGGUGAACUUCAGGAAAAAUGUGCAAAGAUGGAGGAAGAGAAAUAUGAGGCAAUAGCCAAGGUUCGGGACAGCAUGCAACUCCUUGAAGAAGCAAACUUACAGAAAGACCAGGUUUUACUACGUGAAAAACAAAAGGAUGAGGAAGUGGCAAAAAUGAAGGAAGCCAUGGUGCAGCUUGUUCAAGAAGCUGCAGUUCGGACAAGAAAGGAGGUUGAAAAUGUUAGGAAACAGAGCAACGUACAGAUUGCCCGUUUAGCUGAGGAACUGUCUGAUAUGCAAAUGAUCUGUGGCGAUAGACAAGGACAAAUUGAAAGGAUCAUAAGGGAGAAGCGAGCUCUAGAAGAGGAACUUGAAAAGCUUUAUCGCAAUGGCGCAGGCACUGAAGAAGAUCACAAGAAAAUUGAUGAAUUGCACCAGCGAUGUCUUAAUGCAGAACGUUCAAAAGAUGACCUCCAGAUUAGUUUACAAACAACACAAAACAAAAUCAAGAAACUUGAAAUGAGUUAUGAGGAGGAAAUGUCCCGUUACCAAGAAAUGGUUCGAAAACUGCAGAGUAAUCUGGAGUCUGUUCGUGGAGACUGUGACACCGUCAGUGAGGAGCUUCUGAGAUUACAGAAUGAGAAUGAGCAACUUCGUAAAGAGAUGGAAGAACAGAAGAAAACUCGUCUGGAUAUACAAAGAAAAGCCAGACAGCAGGUAGCAACCCUGGAACAUGAGUUGUCCCUAAAAGAACAUGGGUUUGAAAUCCAGCUAAGAGAACUAGAGGAUGCCAAUCGGAAUUCAACCAGUGAGCUGAAACGUUUAUUAACAGCACAGCAAAAAGCAACCAAUCGGUGGAGAGAUGAAGCCAGAAAACUAACUGAAACCUUCGAGGCUAAACAGAACAAACUGAAGACUGAACUAACCCGACAGAAACAGCGUUGCCAGGAGUUAGUUUGCCAGAUGGAGCUUACACAUGAGAAAAUAACAGAGUAUGAAAGACAAAUAUUGGAAAAUCAGGAAAAAACUAACAGACUUCAAAGGCGCCUGACUCAUUCAGAACACAGGGCAGCUACAGCCUCUGAAAAGCUCAGUAGAGUGACAACAGAGAGAAGAAAAACUGAUGCGAUGUUGGAUUUGGAAUGCAUUUUAAACCCUUGAGUACUUGAAAAUAUUCAUCUAUCUCUCAGCGUCCUAUUACGACUGGACAUCCAGUUCAUGAAAUGUACAAAUAAAUUCAUGAUUGCAUUUCAAAAUGUUGUUUACUUACAUGAAAUACCUCUUGAACAACUUUCCUAACAGCUGAUGAGUGAUUUUUACCACAAGAUUGGUGCCUCUUGCUUUAAUCUACAGUAAACUUUUUUUUAAAAAUCUGUAAAUGAAUUUUUACCAAGCAAAAUGUUUUAAUCUGAUGUAUUUCUGCCUGUCUUGUGAUUUCAGUCUUGUGAUCAUUUGCCUUGGUAUGUCUGCACUCAGCUUUCACAUCAGAUCAUUUUUAAUACCUGCAGAAAUGUGCAACUACAGUGCCUUGAAAAACUUUCAAAAAUUCACCAAAUUAAAGUCAUCAUGUUUAACCUGAGAAAGAAAUAAUCAUGCAAGUCUUUACAAUCUUAAAAGCUCCCUCAGAAAUUUUGCUUCUUGCUGUCACAAGUCUCCAUUACAAUUUUUGACAUCACCUUGAUUUGCAGCUCUGUAACUUUUGGAGGAUACAUUUGUAAAAAUAAGUUUUU